AUGGGUUGGAUGACAACUUGCGUUGGAUUCGGUGGUACUGCUGGUUGCGUUCCAUUUGCAGCACCUUCCGAUGGUUGUGGUGGUACUGCUGGUUGCGUUCCAUUUGCGACACCUUGCGGUGGUUUUGAUGGUGGUCCUGCUGCUUGGGUUCCAUUUGCACCACCUUGCGGUGGAUCUAGUGGUGGUCCUGCUGCUUGGGUUCCAUUUGCGACAUCUUGCGGUGGUUUUGAUGGUGGUCCUGCUGCUUGGGUUCCAUUUGCACCACCUUGCGGUGGAUCUAGUGGUGGUCCUGCUGCUUGGGUUCCAUUUGCGACAUCUUGCGGUGGUUUUGAUGGUGGUCCUGCUGCCUGGGUUCCAUUUGCACCACCUUGCGGGGGUUUUGAUGGUGGUCCUGCUGCUUGGGUUCCAUUUGCGACACCUUGCGGUGGUUUUGAUGGUGGUCCUGCUGCUUGGGUUCCAUUUGCACCACCUUGCGGUGAUUUUGGUGGUGGUCGACCUCUAUCACUACCUCGGCCUCCACCACGACCUCGGCCUCCACCACGACCUCGGCCUUCACCACUACCUAGGUCUUCACCAUCAUCUUGGCUUUCAUCACCAUCUCGGCCUUCACCACGACCUCGGCCUUCACCACGACCUCGGCCUUCAUCACGACCUCGGCCUUCACCACCACCUCGGUCUUCACCACGACCUCGGCCUUCACCACGACCUCGGCCUCCACGAUCACCCCGGCCUCCACCACGACCUUGUGCUAUUAUAUAG